UUAUAACUAACGACCAUUUCCAACAACAACAAGUUUGUUUUCAUGCGUGAUAGAUAGCUAGCUCACACUACUGAUCCUGAUCGAGUCUUGUAGAUACUAGCCGGCCGGCCAUGGAUGAAGAAAACAGUGAAAACUCAUCGAUAGAACUGACCCAGACCUCAUACGGAACCUCUAAUGGGAAAGCCAGUGAAGCAAAUGAGGAACUUCAUCAAUUGGACAUCACUGUUUCUGGAGCUAGCGAUAAAGAUGUCGAAGCGACAGACUUGGAAGCGUCUGAUGAUGGUGUCUCCUCUGAGUCUGAAGGUGAAAAUGGAAAGAACAAGAAGCGUGAAACUUGGGACAAUAAGUUUCAGUUUGUUUUAUCUCUCAUUGGUUAUGCUGUUGGCCUUGGAAAUGUUUGGAGAUUCUCCUACCUCUGUGCUAAAAAUGGAGGAAGUGCAUUUCUGUUUCCUUACCUGAUCAUGCUGCUUCUGCUCGGCAUACCACUGUUUUAUUUGGAGCUCACUCUUGGCCAGGGUACCCGCAAGGGACCUGUGGGAGCAUGGAAGAAAGUUGCUCCUAAUCUGCUUGGAGUGGGGAUUGCAGCAGCCAUUGUUAACUCAUAUAUUUGUCUCUACUAUAACGUCAUUAUUGCAUGGGUUAUAUACUACUUUUUUAGCUCAUUUACUGCGUUUCUGCCAUGGGGGAACUGUUUUGGUCAUGUGGUUCUCGGUCUGAAUAGCACACAGAGGAUGGAUUUGCUGAGUAACAAUACAGGCUUGGAUUGGUCCAGCUGCUUCAACUCUUCAUCAGAGUACUACUGGUACAACACAGCACUGGAGGCGAGUAGUGACAUAGCCGUGGCCGGAGUGUUCAACUGGAGAAUGUUACUCUGUCUAAUGGCUGCCUGGGUUAUCAUCUACCUUUGUCUCUUUAAGGGCAUUCAGUCCUCAGGCAAGAUAAUCUACUUCACUGCCAUCUUCCCAUAUGUGGUGCUCGUGUGUCUGUUCUUCAGAGCAGUCACUCUAGAGGGGGCAGGGGAGGGACUCAAGUUCCUAUUCCUGCCUGAUGAAGGAUGGAGUCAGAAAUUGUUUGACCCUGUUGUUUGGUUGGACGCUGCCACUCAAAUAUUUUUCUCUCUGGGUCUUUCAAUUGGAGCGCUAGUUUCACUGAGCAGCUAUAGCAAGCCUCGUAACAAUGCCCUGGUCGAUACUGUCAUUGUGUGCCUCAUGAACUCAGGGACGUCCAUAUUUGCCAGCAUCAUUGUGUUCAGUGUGGUUGGCUUUAGGGCUCUAGAGCUGGGCAUAGAAGUUUCAUUGGUAUCUGAAGGGCCUGGUCUGGCGUUUGUGAUAUUUGGUGAGGCUCUCUUGCGAAUGCCUGGCUCUCCAUUCUGGGCUUUGCUGUUUUUUGUCAUGCUAUUCACUCUGGGCCUGGACAGUCAGUUUGCUACCAUGGAGGGAGUCCUCACUGUGCUCAGGGACAUGAAGACCUUCAGGAAGAUCAGGAAGGAGCUGCUAGUAGCUAUCGUGUGUGCAGUAUUCUUCACAGUGAGCAUCCCCUUCGUCCUCGGUAACGGGGUGUACCUGUUUACCUUGUUUGACCAGUUUGCUGGCAGUGUGCCUUUGCUGCUCAUCGGGUUCUUUGAGUUCAUUGCUGUUGGUUGGGUGUACGGAGUGAAAAGGUAUUUCAACACGUAUGCCAAAGCCUAUCAUCCAUAUAUGAUCAUCCUGUGGACGGUAAUGUGGAAGUUCGUUGGUCCUCUCAUCAUGCUCGUCAUCUUUUUUUCGUCUGUGUUUCGGGAGAUCAAAGAUCCACUAAAAUACACAGUGUAUAAAAAUUAUGAGGAGGUGCGCGAGGGGUUUCCCCCGUGGGCUCUAUUUGUGGGUUCUGUCAUCAUCAUCACCUCUGUCUCAUUCAUCCCUCUAGUACUCAUAGUGAGGCUAGUAUGGUUAAAGGAGGCACGAACCCAGGCACUUGAUUUCUUUAUAGGACUGAAACAGGACACUAUUGACUUAUUCCACAAAAUAAUGCGCUGCUACACUAAAGCUCGAGGGAGGUGGUCUCCUCAUGAGGAAGAUGACACAACUGCUUUGGACUACCAAGGAAUACACACACCUCCCGAACUGGAGGGGGAAGUCCCCACCUUCUCCACCCAUAUCCAACAAUGAAAGACAUAAUUAUGGGGAAACGCAUAUAUACUUAUAAUUAUAAUACAGGACAUUUUUUUUUUUAUAGAUGUUAUGUUUCCUAAGAAAUGCCAUAAUUUUAUAGCUUUGCUGUUUUGAUCUCUGCUCCCUAUGUUUAAUAAACAUUAUACAUGCGGUACCACUAA